AUGGUGCAGAAGUGUAAGGGAUCCAAGCCCAGCAUCUUCCCUGCAUCUUCAGGAAUAACUAGCCUGCCCCUAUGCAGAGAACUGGAUGGGGUGUGGGAAGGUGAUCUGCAGAAGAAAACCAUUGGAGCCAAGGAAGAGACUGGAUUCACUGAAGGCUGUCUCAGCAACCCUAUUAUAGACAGAUCACUUGGUCAGGGUAGCAGUCCAGGGGUCAGUAUUAUGAAGACAGAUUAUCAGCCAUCUUCCUUUCCACGUGGUGAUGAAUUCCUGCCAAUUCUUUCUAAAGGCUCUGAGAGGGCGUCUGGAUUCGGCCAUCAGAAGGGCCUUUCCUUUGGAACUCCACCUUCAUUAGAACCCCAAGAAUGUCCCUCUGGUGAAGAGGCACCCCUGAGUCAUACUGAGUUCCAAGGGCUUCAGCACCAGCCUCAGACAAAGAACAAUCUUUUAGGACAGGAACAUGUGGGUUAUAAGGAGCUAUCUGGAUUCAGCAUCAAUAAUCCCAGUUAUGUGACAACUCCCUAUGAUCCAGAACUGCCAAACAGGUUCCUAACCAGCUAUAACUCCAAGUUCUAUGAGAACAUUCCAAAGGGAGUGGGCAGGGAAGGCUGGACACGAGGAGGGAUCCAGCCUCAGCAAGCAGGUGGCUUUGCUACCAACAACCGUGCUACUGACUUAGGUACUGGUCCCAAUCCCACAGAAACCUUGAGGAGAGUUCAUCCCCAUGUCAGCAGGACAAUCACAACAGCUGAUCCGUUCUACCGUGACUCCCCACAUGACCGCCGUUUCACUGCUCUCCACCAGACAACAGUGCCCAACUAA